CCGGGCUCGCGGCGCCAUGGGUGCCGGCGGGCUGUGGGUGAGGACCGCCCACACUGCCCUCAGCGGGGGCUUAACGCUGGGGCUCUUCCUGCACCGCACAGAUCUGCAGAAGGAAGCGGAGCGCGGUGCCGCGCUGCAGCCAACGCUCUUCGUAGCGCUGCUCGGGUGCUCCGUCCUGCUGUACUUCAGGGUGUCCCUCAUGGACCCGGGCUUCGUUAGGGCUGAAGAGGAAGCAGAGGCAGACAAAAGUGAAGAGCAAUGCACGUUGGUACCCCAGGUUUCAAGCAGUGUGAAGAUGCGGCGUUGCGGCUACUGCAUGGUGAAGCAACCAAUGCGAGCCAAGCACUGCCAGCUGUGCCAGCACUGUGUUCGGCGCUAUGACCAUCACUGCCCUUGGAUUGAGAACUGUGUAGGAGAGAAGAAUCACCCCCUCUUCAUAGUCUACCUCAGCGUGCAGCUUGUAGUUCUGCUGUGGGGAGGACACAUUGCAUGGUCCGGCCUUUACUUUAAGCAGUCCUGGGAGUGGCUGCGGCACAACAUUUUCCUCCUCAUAUCCUUCCUCCUGAUAGUCAUAUUCACCAUUGUUGUCUUGCUACUGCUUAUUUCACACCUCUAUCUGAUCUCAUGCAACACCACCACCUGGGAGUUCAUGUCAUACCACCGCAUCUCCUACCUGCGACACUCUGAGCUGGAGAAUCCCUUUGACCAAGGAGUAAUCCGCAAUCUCUGGAUGUUCUUCUGUUCAUGCCAUCUCACUGCAUGGGAGAAAAUCUAUUUUCACAGGAACAAUGAACCUGUCUAGUCACAGUGGUACCUCAUCAGUAAAAUGCCACCAGACAUCUGCAGGUUGUUGGAUAAAGUUUUGCUCACCUUGCUCAGAACUUUAAUACAUCGUGGACUAUGCAACAUGUUCCACAACCUGAGGCAAUUCACCUUUCAAGAAGGAUACUCAGGGCUAUUUUUUAUAUGUGAAUAACACUGUUAAAGGGGAGGCACUGGUUCUGAGAGUCGGAGGUGCUAAUGACCAAGGAGAGGUAUCUCUUUAAAUCUACUUCCUUGUGUUAACUUGCAUCCACAUCUGAAGAGAUGCAAGAACUGUAUGAACAGCCGUGUAAACUUCUGUUCCCUAAAGUUUUCUCUCCAUUUCCUGCUAAGGAACAGCAGCUGUUACCAACAAACCAGCCAGAAUCAAUACAAUCCCUGUGGCCUUUCUUCAGCAUAGCUCUUACUGUGAGAACCACAGUGCUUUCCAUCAGUAAUGUUGGAUACAUACGAGAAAUAUGAGUAAAUAUUUGUACAGUCAAAAGCAAAUUUCAUUUUGACUACAUGCCUAAACUGCAUGCUUUGAGGUUUCAUAGUGUUAAUGUGCAUGAGAAACAGCUGUAAGGCACCAAAUUCAGCUGAGAUCGUUACCUUAUGAUGCCCUGAUCAGCAUCCUAACAGGUUUUUUUCCUUUAAGUUGAUGGUGCUGUCAAAAAUGCAUAGGGUAUUUUGAAUGAAUUUAGCAAAGAAUUCUGUCAGUCGCUUUGGACAGAAGAGCAGUGCUUGCCUACAGAGUUCCUUCUGCAGAUAACCUCACGUUCUAUGGCUUUACUGUAUCUAAUGGCGAAAGAGCCAGUAACAGAGGUGAGCACUUCUUGCCUAGCUCAACUAACACUAGUGGUAAUGCUACUACCUCAGCAUAUCAGUAUAGUUUUAAUGAAAUAAUACAAAGUGUCACUGGAAUGGAAUCAUGCAAAGGGAAGAUUCUAAGUCCUAUUUGUUUCUAUGGGGUUGGGGUGCUGAUAUAGCAUGCCGGGAUGGCAGCAGCUUUACUUGUUUUCCAUUGUAAUAGAAGGUCAUAGUUCAAGUUUCCAUAAAGGGAUUGGAAGUUAGGAUCAACAGUUUAAAGUAGAAAAACCUGUGGUGUCAGUUUUAGUGCUGACACUUUUCUACUUUAAAAACAAAAAAGCAAACCACAUCCAUCAACUUAGUUAUUGUGCCUUAAUUGCUUUAACUCAGAAAUUAACAGCAGCUCAGGAAUACACCUGGCAAGUUGGCAGAAUGCACUCAGGACUUUAAAGUUAAUGAGCACUCAGGAAAGGACAGUAUAGGGUCACUAUACAACAUGGUAGUCCAAAAGCAGACUGAAAACAGACUUUUGUUUUAACCAAAUCCAGAGUCUGUAACCUGCAUCCAGGCAAGUGUGUUCAGGGAAGGAACUCCUGUCAGGGGGAUAACAGAACGUUAAGAAUUGUUUCCAUAAUAACGAUGCACAGUCCAGAAAGGACUCUGCAGCUGUGUCAGUGUGGUGCCUGCUGCAGGAUGGCUCAUUUCCUCCUUAGCAAUUACUUUUUCUUCAUCUGUCACUCAAAAAAUAUGCCAGCAGGUAAUACAGUUCAAAACACAGCAUUGUGCUCUUUGGUAAUUCUUUUGUAUGUGCACUGGAAUGGUAAUUUAUGGUAUUUUUUACUAUAAAAGUAUUAAACAACUAAAUACCUUG